AACAUCUCUCUUCCCACAUCCCCUAUUUCUUUCUCUUGGUCGUCCCUUUCUAUUCUCCCACCCCCAAUUCCCAUUAUUUUCUCCUCUUUCCAUUUUAAGAGCUCUAUAAUCUCCAUUUUUGAAGUUCUCAAGACCUCCCCAUUUAGUUGUCUCUAAGGUAACCAUCCCUUCUCAAAUAAUGAGGUCAGAAGAAUGUGGAGCGAUGGUUGCAUCCUUUGGAGAGCACCUUUUAAUGGGAAAGCCCUUGGUUCCAGAGUGUGAAUAUGCAAACAUGUGGAACAGGAGAUGUCAAUACGUUGUUCCUUUGUGGCGAUUGAGGGGGGUGGAAGAAGCAUAUGAAUUCCUUAUAAAUUGUGUGUAUAAGUGUCGUAAAUGUCUGUCUUGGUUAUACUUGUUUGUCUACAGGUCCAAAGAAUGUGGAGCGAUGGUUGCAUCCUUUGGAGAGCACCUGUUAAUGGGAAAGCCCUUGGUUCCAGAGUGUGAAUAUGAAAACAUGUGGAACAAGAGAUGUCAAUACGUUGUUCCUUUGUGGCGAUUGAGGAGGGUGGAAGAAGCAUAGGAAUUCCUUAGAAAUGUGGGAAUGUUUUUAUGGGUUGUUUAAUGUCUGUGUGACCAGACAACUUUAUUUGUUUGUGUAAGUAGAACAAAUGUCUAUAUUCGCAUGCAAGUAUUUCACAAAUGUAUUAUAAUGUACGUUUGAUGAGUUGAGUAAGUGUUCAUGCAGUUUUUAUAUAAAUGUGGGUGCUUUUGUUUGGAAACAUA